GCUGGCUUGGUUGGUGCUUUCGCACUGGGCUCUCGCCCUCCGGCAUCCGGUGUAGGGCCCGAAACUGGUGGCCCGUCCUUUGCCGAGCCUGCAGCUGUCCGGGGGAUUGGUGGCAACAGCAGCCGUAGCAGCAGCCGUAUCAACAGCAGUCGUACGGACGCGGCUGCUCCUGCCGUACGAAACCAGCGAUCUGGCACGGCCAGCAGAUCGGAAAGCAGAGGUCCCGCGAGAUCAGGGCCGCGUAAUCAGGGCGGGGGCAGCAGCGGCCGCAGCCAAAGUCCUAGCGCCCGUGGUGCGUCCGCUGCCGUAGCGGUUGCGGAGAAGAACUCCACCCGCUCUCCCCGCAGCGGUAGCCGCCAAACCAGCCGCAAGGGUCGCAGUAGCAGUAGAAAUGGCAACAGGGGCGCUAACAGAAACGGCCAUAGCAGCAAUACCGGCGGCAGCAGCAGCACUGCCAGCACCCCGCCGCUGGCAUGGUGGGAGGAGUACGAGCUGGAGGUGCAGCAUAAGGCCGCCGCCGCUCCUACCUCCCAUUCCGCCAAGGCCGUGGCAGCAGCUGCGGAGGCAGCCGCCCAGCUGAUGACGGGAGGAGCAGCGACGCGGCGGCCCGGCUCCUCCUCGCGGAGCGCUCCAUUUCCUGUUCCCAGGAGCUCCAGAUCCGCCCAUGUUGCCGCCACCGUCGCCCCGGAGCGCCGUCAUGUGCAGGGGAGCUUGAGUACAGCCUUGAGUGGGGGAUUCAAUGAUGGUGGUGUCGCCAUGCUGUCAUGCUGUCCUCCUUCCGAGUCCAGGUCCUGUAGCACCCAACGUGCCGAGCCCGCUACCCCGCCGGUCCGGGUACUCCAGCAACCCCAGACCUCCCCUUCCUCGCCAAUCCUACCUGGUUCUUCCCCGGCGGAUGACAGCUGCGGCCAAAAACAUGGGCCGAGCAGCAGCAGCACCGGCGGUGGGGGCGGCCGCAGCGGCAGCAGCGACGGAUUGAGCGGCAGCAGCAGCAGCAGCCAAGGCGCCACGAGCAGCGCUGCGGAUGGAGGCAUUGCGGAUGCACAUGACAGUAGCGGCAGCGGCAGCGGCGGUCGGAGUAGCAGCAGCGUUGAUGUGAUAAAGAGUGGCAGCAACAGCAGCGUUAGCAGCAGCAGCAGCAUUGACAUCAUCCGCAACAGCAGCAGUGCCGCCAUUGUCGUUACUAGCACUAGCAGCAGCAACAGCACCGAUGCCACCCAAGCAGGUACUUUAGGAAGCAGCGAUGGCAGCAGCACCAGCACCAUCAGCAGCGGCAGUGAGCGGCUGCAGGCUGCCAGCCGUCAGGUUCGUGCCACGAGGCGGCUGGCUUGGUGGGAGGAGUACGAGAGGGAGCUGCAGCAGGAGGGAGAGGAGGGGGCUGAUGCGGUGGAAGCGGUGGCGGGAGGUGCCGCCGCCACAGCCUCGCAGCCUCGAUCCGGAAAACAAAAGCAGCGGCAGCGCACGCCACGGCCGCUGCCUGAGCAACCCCCCGGCGACAACCCCGCAUUGACAUCGUUGCGGCUGGCGCGGCCGCCGCUGGUUGCGGCUGCAUCGACGUCGACAGCGGUUACAGCAGCAGCAGUAGCAGGUGCCGCACGGGAGGAGGUGGACGCCUUCUUAUCUGAGGCAUUGGCCGCCUUGGGGGAUGUGGGGCACGCAGAUGCGGGGAGCGUGGAAGUAUCCGCUCCUGCUGCUGCUGCUGCUGCUGCAGUUCUGGGUGAUGCUUCCAAUGGUACCGCUGCUGUCGCUCCUGCUGCUGCUCAUCUGGGCUCCAAGACGAACGAUCUGAAUGAGGAGCUGUCUCCCUUCCUGGAUCCGGAUUACGAGUACGGCAGACUCCCGCCUCAUCGGAUCCAGUCGCUGUACUACAUCAGGUCCCGUGUGAUCCGAGCGGUCACCGCAAGUGCCGACGUACGGCAGCUGGUGGAGCAGCUGGACUGGCACGUGCCGCUGAUGGACCUGGAGGCCACUCGGGCGGCACUGCGCAUGAUACGGACGGCGCAGACGAGCCAGGCCUUCCCCCACAACGCGCUCCUCAUGCGGCGGCCUCGCUUCAUGGUGGCGUACCGCUACGUAGCCCGGCGGCUGCUGUGUUUGCUGCAGGUGUACGGCAGUGAGGUCCUGGACUGGUCGUACCUCAUGACGGCGGCACGUGGCCUGGCGGCGGCGCAUCUAAAGGAGCCUGAGCUCAUGCAGGUCCUCCAUGACCGGGGUUUGCAGCUGCUGCGGCAGCAGCUUCGCAGACCCACGGGUCAACAUGCAGCAACCCACCACCACACCCUCAGCCCCGCCGCCACCAACACCCGCACCAGCAGCCACCACAGUCGGCGUGGCGCCGGUAGCCAUGGCGCUACUGCUCCUGCUGCUGCUGCUGCUGGAGCUGGUAGUGACGCG